GGGUUGUUUUUGGGCUUUGGGGCCCUUUUGGGAUUUCCCUUCCUGGCGCUGCUGGGAACCCUCCUGGGGAACCCCGGCCUCCGGCUCCACGUCCAGGAGGGGUUGUUUUUGGGCUUUGGGGCCCUUUUGGGAUUUCCCUUCCUGGCGCUGCUGGGAACCCUCCUGGGGAACCCCGGCCUCCGGCUCCACGUCCAGGAGGUGAUCCAGGCCCGGCAGAAGGAGGCUCCGUUCCUGCUGCCCGAGGAGGCCUUCGGGGACAACCCCCGGGUGGGCGGGGCCAGCCUGGAGCAGCUGGGGCCGGAAUUUUUCUUCGGCCAAAACAAAAUCAGCGAAAUCCUGGGGAGCUGCGGAUACAGCGCCGAGAGACUCAGCGCGCCCUACGUGCCCCAGCUCUCCG